AGCUCCACACACCCCGACCGCCUCGUCCGCGAUCGCCCUCUCCAACGCAGGACGCGCAGCCUUGUUUCACUCCACCGGGGGAACAUGUCCCGGGCAGCGGCUAUCGCCAGCUCCCUGAUCCGCCAGAAGCGACAGGCGAGGGAGCGGGAGAAGGCAAACGCAUGCCGCGGAAGCGGCAGCCCGAGCAACAGCAAAGGCGCAAACGAGAAACCGAGCAAGCUGAACGUGUUUUCGCGUGUCAAGUUGUUUGGCUCGAGGAAGAAACGGAAGAGAAGGCGACCACCAGAGCCCCAGUUAAAGGGCAUUGUGACCAGGCUUUCCAGUCGCCAGGGCUUCCAGCUGCAGAUGCAGCCUGAUGGCACCAUUGACGGAACCAAGGAUGAAGACAGCACCUAUGCUGUGUUCAACCUGAUCCCAGUGGGGCUUCGUGUGGUGGCCAUCCAGGGUGUCCAGACCAAACUCUACCUGGCAAUGAACAACGAAGGCUUUCUCUACACCUCUGAGCAUUUUACCCCGGAGUGUAAAUUCAAGGAGUCGGUGUUCGAGAACUAUUAUGUCACCUACUCCUCCAUGCUCUACCGGCAGCAGGCAUCGGGCCGGGCUUGGUACCUGGGGCUUAACAAGGAGGGUGGAAUCAUGAAGGGGAAUCAUGUCAAGAAGAACAAGCCUGCUGCACACUUCAUACCGAAGCCACUCAAAGUGGCCAUGUACAGGGAGCCCUCCCUCCAUGACUUGACAGAACUCUCCCGUUCAGGCAGCGGCACACCGACCAAGAGCCGCAGCGCUUCGGCCCUACUUAAUGGCGGCGGGAAGACACCCAGCAACAACGACUUAUCCUAGCCCCCGACCCCUCGCACCGCACCGCACAUACACAUGCACAUACACAUGCACAUACAGACACACUCCCAUGCAGACACACACAUACACGCACAGAUCUCAGGCCGACAUGCCCACACAUCAGACUGGUGAGGGGUGGGAGAAAAAGGAGGAGGACGGGGACGUGUUCUUCCACUAAACGGAGCCCACUGUGACUGACUGUGAUGUAAAUAAAUCAAGGACAAUCAAUCCGUCUGGCUCUGCUGCCCCUGGCCUGCAGAGGGACAGGACCUGCGACUCUCUUCCCUUGACCGGUCCUCCUGCCGUAUCGUGAACAGUCGGAACAAGCGAGGGAGCGAUAGAGAAGAGGGGACGGAGGAAGUCAGACAGUCAGUCACGCAGUCAGAUAAACAGACUGUUACAGAGAACCAAAGAGUACAAGUAUUAACCCAUUAGGUUGUUACGACGAAAUGGCACGCGGCUGGAAAGUUACAGGGAGUUACAAUGGAAGGAAGUCUUUAUCUAAUCUACCGUACGCUAUGUUUACACAGAGCUCAUGGGUCUAAGUCAUAUUUUUAAAACUGACAAACAUAUUCCUUGUACACUUAUAAGGACUUAUCAUUUGUUUGCAUGCAGGUGUGCCUGUGCGUGUGUGAGAGAGAGCAAGAGAGAGAGAUUGAGUACAUGCUGUGCUUGCGGUAGGCGUGCUGUGUGUGUGUGUGUGUGUGUGUGUGUGUGAGAGAGAGUGUGUGUGUGUGUGCACGCAUGUGUCUUGAGGGUGGGGGUUGGGAUUUUACCUUUUUAAGAUCUGUUGUAUAUCGGACAAACCCCCCGAGGGCUUGAGCAGGUUACUGUAAGGUUUACUGUAUAUGCUUCCAUGCUUACUUCUUACAAGCAAUGCUGUCGUUUCUCUUUCCGUUUGUCGUUGUUGUCCCUUGCCGUUUGUUUGUUUGUUGUUGCAUGGAAGCUUGUGGACCUCUGCUCAGUAGCAGCAUGCUGAAGGUCCUUUUUCUCCCCCCCCCCCCCUCCUGGUCUUACGUGUUCCUGACCAUAAGAGAACACUAGUGAGCCAAUAGUGUGAUACCAGAACACUAGUGAACUAAUGUGAGGGUGUUAGAACACUACUGGACCAAUAGUAUUGCACCAGAACACGAGCGGACCAAUGGUGUUGGACCAGAACUUUGGUGAACAGCACAGAUUAACUUAAUAUUUUGGUUCCUGCUGUGGACAAACUAGAAAUGCACUAAAUAAACUCUUUCUAAGGAAGUGAA